GUAAAACUACUAAAAUGUCAUAAAACAUGAAUAAAAUCACAGAAAAGCAAUUUAAAAGAUGCGACAGAGUUUGCAGAUAUAAGACUAAGAGGGUUAUUAUACCAGAAAGACUGGCUGCUUCUAUUUAAUUUCAGCUAAAUAUUAAGCUAUUCAUGACGGACAUGCUUACUUGCACAUGUAAAAGAGAAAUAUUGUUUUAACACUGCCCAUACUUGAUGAACAAAUGCAUGAAAGAAACUCUCCAAAUAAAGGUGUGUCUUACCUGCGUAGGUGUGGAUAGGUGUACAGAGGUGAACAUAAACUGUAGGCUUUAAUGUGUGUCUUUCAUCUCAUGUGACAAAUGGGAAAACAUCUUUGUAUUACACCGUUUUCCUUUAAAAAAUAUACAUUAUGCUUUUUUUCCUGCACAAUUUGAUAUCUUAAGAGUUGCUUUUACCCAGUACCUUAUUUGUUUCUUUAAUGAACAGAGCUUCUAGUGUGUUUUUUCAAGUGGGGUGGAGUCGAAAACACAGGGAGGAGCAAUUACAACCAGUUAGAUUAAAGGCACUGGGAAAGAGGAAAUAUACCAGCCUGACAAAGUUACGCAGUUCUGGUCCCAAGAAGAACCUGAAGCUCCUGCAUCAUGACUUCUGAAACAACUGGACAAACUAUAACAGUGAAGACUGGGGAGGAUGCAGCAGCUGUUACUGGUCCAGAUACUGGUCCAGCUGCAGGGAAAGGGGAGUGGAAGUGUCCCAUGGGUGAUCGUCAUGUCCACAGAGACGAUGUGAGAAAGGUUUGGAAAGAGUGCCAAGAGGAAAGCUUCUGGAAAAGAGCUCUUCCCUUCUCUCUGGGCAGCAUGGCCGUCACUGGUGGUCUCAUCUACAACGGCGUUUGGAAAUCAUCGAAGCGUUUUGGUCCUUUCCCAAAACUAGCAGUUGCUGGACUUCUUGGAUUUGCCGUAGGGAAAGCAUCUUAUGUUGGAACCUGUCGGAGGAAGUUUCAGCAGGUUGGCCUUGAGGUUGGACCAGGUUUCGGACCCUGGUCUGGUCAUGGACACAGAUCCUGCCACCAUGUGUGUGAAGAAUGUAAGAAAAAGGCUCAAGAUGCACCUGCAGAACAAGUGAAGAGCUAAAGCCGCAUCAGAAACACCGAAGGAUUGACUGUCAGCCGGUUGCAGCUUUUGUGUUUCUUAAAUGCCCUAAAUUCUUCAUAUAAUCUGUCCAAAUUAUAUAUUUUGAUAAACUGCACAUCAUAAUCACAAAAUGGCCAUGAGGUGGAGCUAGUAUCCCUUCAGUCAUAGAUCCUUUAUAAUGUAUUUCCAGUUUCAUCCAACCAAGUAGGACUCUAUUUGCAAGCGUACAAAGUCUCUCAUCGGGAACAACAAAGGGAUUAAGCAUACGUCAUUCGAUCCAUUAUCAGCUGCAAUAUUCUUUUUUUGCAACAACAACCAAACAGAAUAAACAUUGCCAUAAAUAUGAAGCCUGUAUUGCUUUGUUUACCAAAGAGCCAUUCAGAAUAAAACAUGUAGGAAAUGUUAUUGCCACUACAGUUUUUUUUAAAUGAAUAAUUACAAUCAUUCCAUGUAUUCUCAUAUUUGCUUAUCUUGACUAAGGCUGGGAAAUAUCGCCAAAAUCUUCUAUACCCGAUAUACAGUAGGUCACUUCAUAUAGAUAACGAUGUAUAUCACGAUAUAGCAUGCUGGCUUGUAAUUCAAUAAAUAAAUAUUCUAUUUGAAAUAA